GCUUGCUAGGUGCGAGUGCGACUGAGGUUGAAGAAGCUUAGUUGAGAGUUUAGACGAGAGAGAGAGAGAGAGAGAGAGCGCGCGAAAGUUGUUGUUUCCAUCUCUCAACCUGCACACCACAGGCCCACACACACUCCGACUUGAAGACUGUCAGCGCAACAUGAGAAAUCUGCUACUCAUGGAGAUUGCGCCUCUCUACCCCAGCUUAAGGUGGUGGGACGAAAUCAACUCCUCCUCGCGAUGGCAGAGCGCCGUUUUCUACUUCCUCUGCGCUGCUUACGCUCUCGUCUCCUCCAUCGCUCUCAUUCAAUUGAUAAGGAUUGAAGUUAGAGUGCCUGAGUAUGGUUGGACCACGCAGAAGAUUUUUCAUCUCAUGAACUUCAUUGUCAACGGAGUACGUGCAGUGGUGUUUGGAUUGCACAAGCUAGUUUUUCUUUUGCAUCCUGAGGCAUUGAUUUUGGUGCUAUUAGAUCUGCCAGGACUACUGUUUUUCUCGACAUAUACACUUCUAGUCCUUUUCUGGGCAGAAAUUUAUCACCAGGCACGGGGUUUACCAACUGAUAAGCUCAAGAUAGUUUAUAUUUCAGUAAAUGCUGCCUUAUACAUUAUCCAGGUUUGUAUUUGGAUAUACCUCUGGAUAGAUGAUAACAGUGUCGUGCAGUUCAUUGGAAAGAUAUUUAUUGCAGUUGUGUCAUUUAUGGCUGCACUAGGCUUCUUGAUAUAUGGAGGAAGAUUAUUUUUCAUGCUGAGACGCUUCCCAAUUGAAUCUAAAGGAAGAAGGAAGAAACUUAAUGAGGUCGGAUCGGUCACAGCCAUCUGUUUCACCUGUUUUCUCAUAAGAUGCGUUAUGGGUUUUCUGUCUGCAUUUGAUUCAGAUGCAUCUCUUGAUGUUUUGUACCAUCCUAUUUUGGACUUGAUCUAUUACAUGUUGGUUGAGGUCCUACCUUCAGCUUUAGUCCUCUACAUCCUGCGCAAAUUGCCUCCAAAGAGAAUAUCAGCCCAAUAUCAUCCUAUUCGUUAACUGCUGUUCAUAUUGGAUCCUAAUUUAUUAAUUUACCUGGCCCAUUGUUUAUGAUUUUAAUGGUUUUGGGUUAGAUAGAUACUUUUAAGUUCAUUUGGAAAAGCAGAUAAAGAAAAAGGAUCCAGAUAAAGUCUCAUGGCAGUAGUUCUUAUAUGGUGACACUCAGCAGUUGCUACCUGGGAAGGAUACUUUGGAUUCAGGUUUUGUACGAUGCAAUGACAAGUCUCAAGAGCUCGAGUUAGUUUCUGCAGUUAUUGUCCCUGCCCAAAGAGAAAUUGUUGUAGUGUAGGCACAAGCUUGUAAUGAUGAUCUAUUUACAAAAAAGCAUUUUAUACAAUGUUGAGUGUCUUAAAAAAAAUAUUUCGUUUUGUUUAUUAGUUUAGAAAUACUUCAAUUUGAACAAAAUGAAAAUUGUCUCUUGAUUAUUA